GGCAGUCAGUGCUAACAGCGCCUAGCAUGCAGUGGAGACGAGGGACAUCGGCUAGCGUGAUACAUGUGGACUUUACCGACAAGAGGGGCGACUUUGACGGCUGACAUUUGCUCUUCGAUUUGUGCCCCUCGCGCUCCCUCUCUCGCUCGGCCGCGCGUCCGCGUACUGCUGUGAGAAGAGUAGAAGCACACUAUCAUGGCCCCCGUCGUCGCCAAGGUCUGCGAGCCCGUCACGCUGGGCGAGGGCCCGCACUGGGACGCGGCCAGCAAGAGCCUCUACUACGUGGACAUCGAGGGCAAGAAGCUGAUGAAGUACGUGCCCGCCACCAAGGAGCGCACCGCCGUCACGCUCGAUGACCUGGUGGGAUUCGCGGUGCCCGUGGACGGCCGCCCCAACGUGUUCGUUGCCGGCCUCAAGCGCCGCAUCGUCCUCGUCACCUGGGACGGGCGAAGCGAGACUCCGGAGAUCGUCGAGAACCUCUUGGAGGUGCAGAAGGACGUCAAGGUGGACCUGCUCAGGAUCAACGACGGCAAGGCUGACCCCAACGGCCGCAUCUGGGCAGGGACCAUGUCGCGUCUCGAAGUGGGUGCGGAGGACGGCGUGCUGUUCUACGUGAGCCAGGACCGCAAGGCGCACGUCCGUCAGACCAACGUCGGUCUGUCCAACGGCCUCGCCUGGACCCCCGAUGGCAAGACCAUGUACUACGUGGACUCGCUCAAGAAGAGCGUGGAUGUGAUGAGCGUGGACGUUACCUCGGGCCAGAUCUCCGACCGCAAGACUCUGUUCAGUCUCGAAGCCAACGGUAUCCACGGUUUCCCAGACGGCAUGACAAUCGACACGGAGGGAAAAUUGUGGGUCGCCGUUUACGACGGCGCUAAGGUGCUUCGCAUCGACCCGGCCACCGGCACCCUCAUGAGCACGCUGGACAUCCCCGCGCCCGAGGUGACGUCCGUGGCGUUCGGCGGCGACAAGCUGGACGAGCUGUACGUGACGACCGCGGCCAUGCGCGCCACCAAGGAGGUCCGAGAGAAGUACCCCGACGCCGGCGCGCUCUUCAGAGUGACUGGCCUGGGCGUCAAGGGCUACGCCGGCGUUGCCGCCAAGAUUUAAACUUGGCACCGUCUUCGUCCUCGUGGGUGUUUUUGGUGUUCAACGCAUCGAAAGUGUUAAUUCGUCAGUCCAUAUUGGACGAUGUAAAUUGUUACAUUCUGAUCAACGUCAAAUAAUCGCACGAGGCCGUUCGUAUUCGAACGCUCCUCUGAAUGUAAAUUCUUAAGUACAUGUAAUGAAAUGUGUUUUGUAAGCAGAUAUUUUAUAUAGGGUUACUUAAGCUUUUUGUAAAUAAAAUGUUAAUUUAAACUUUUGUGAAA